GCUGCAUGUUGUGUAUUGACUUUAUUCCCUGAUAAGCUUAGAAGUUCGAGAACACCUCAUUUGCCAACGAUGGGAUCACAAUGGAUUAUGGAGAUACUUACUGUUCAGAAUUAGACGAAACCCCACAGUAUUUCCAUAAGAUUAUUGUGCCAAUAGGUUAUUUCUUGGUCUUCCUGUUAGGGACCAUUGGAAACAGUCUGGUGUUGCUGAUACUGUUGCGUUACAAGCAUUCGAGAUCGCCAACCGACAGUUAUUUACUACACCUGGCAGUGGCUGACCUCCUCCUGGUCCUGGUCCUACCCUUCUUUGCUAUUGAGAGCAUUUUUGGGUGGUUGUUUGGUACAGUCCUUUGCAAAGUACUAGGUUCUAUCCACAAACUCAACUUCUUCUGCAACAGCCUACUGCUGGCAUGCAUCAGCAUUGACCGCUACAUGGCGAUUGUCUAUGCAGUUCAGACACACAAAAAUUCCAGAGCCAAGUAUGUCCACCUGAUCUGCUCAGCUGUUUGGGUGACAGGUUUCAUUCUACAAAUUCCUAAUUUAAUUUUCUUGCAAGUUGAGGCUAUGAAUAAUGAAAAUGAAACCAAAUGCACCUACACAUCAGCUGCGGCCCAUGACUGGCUGCUGGCUGAACAAUUUUUAUACCAUGGAAUUGGCUUUACCUUACCACUCACAAUCAUGUGCUACUGCUAUGCAAAGAUAAUCAGUACAUUGUACAAGACCCAGAACUUUGGGAAACACAAAGCCAUUAAAGUUGUGGUAACAGUCACUGUGAUGUUUUGCAUUUGUUGGGCCCCCUACAACGUGGCAAAGUUCAUAAAGACUCUGCGGAACCUGGAUGUGAUUUCUGCAGAUUGCAGUUUCUACAAGAAGCUCACGUUUACCAUCGUGGUGUCGGAGAGCACCGGAUUCAUCCACAGCUGCCUGAACCCAGUCCUUUAUGUGUUCAUUGGGGUGAAGUUCAGAAAAGACAUCCUGAAAGUUCUCAGAGAACUGCACUGCAUCAGUCAAGCAACCUUGGAAAACUACCUUCACAAGAAACAUGCUGAGAGGAGUAGGAACAGCUCUGUGUUUGACAAUACCACUUCCUGGUCCACUCUUUAA